AUGGAGGUCGCGGCGGUGGCAGCUUCAAGACGGCGCAAGCGGCAGACGGCCCUCGAGGACCGGCCUGAGCGAGCCCGGGGGCGGCGGCGGCGACUGCCCGAGCCGAGAAUGGAAGAGGAGCAGGAAGAAGCAGUCUUCCGAGAAGUGGUCACCUUCAGCUCGGACCCUCUGCCAGCUAGGUACUAUGACAAGGACACCAGCCGUCCCAUCAGCUUCUACUUGUCUUCUCUGGAGGAGCUCUUGGCCUGGACGCCCAGCCUGGAGGAUGGCUUCAAUGUGGCCCUGGAGCCCCCCGCAUGCCGCCAGCCCCCGCUGGGCAGCCAGAGGCCCCGGACCCUGCUGUGUCAUGACAUGAUGGGCGGGUACCUGGACGACAGGUUCAUCCAGGGCUCCGCGGUGCAGAACCCCUACUCCUUCUACCACUGGCAGUACAUUGACAUCUUUGUCUACUUCAGCCAUCACACCGUCACCAUCCCCCCGGUGGGCUGGACCAACGCUGCCCACAGGCACGGGGUGUGUGUGCUGGGGACGUUCAUCACCGAGUGGAGUGCGGGCAAGAAGCUGUGUGAAGCCUUCCUGGCGGGGGACGAGCGCUCCUACCAGGCCGUGGCUGAGCAGCUGGUCCGCAUGGCCCAGUUUUUCCGCUUCGACGGCUGGCUCAUCAACAUCGAGAAUGCCCUAAGUCUGGCCGCGGUGGGCAACCUGCCGCCGUUCCUCCGGUACCUGACCUCGGAACUGCACCGGGUGGUGCCAGGGGGCCUGGUGCUGUGGUAUGACAGCGUGGUGCGCAGUGGGGAGCUCAAGUGGCAAGACGAACUCAACGAGGAGAACGGGGCCUUCUUCCAGGCGUGUGACGGCUUCUUCACCAACUACAACUGGCGGGAGGAGCACCUGGAGCGGAUGGUGGCACAUGCCGGGGGGCGCCGCGCGGACGUGUACGUGGGGGUGGACGUGUUUGCCCGUGGCAACGUCGUUGGGGGCCGCUUCGACACAGACAAGUCGCUGGAGGUGAUCCGAAAGCACGGGUUCUCGGCGGCCCUGUUUGCCCCCGGCUGGGUGUACGAGUGCUUGGAGAAGACUGAGUUCUUCCAGAACGAGGACAAGUUCUGGGGUUUGCUGGGACGCUACCUGCCCACUCACAGCAUCUGUUCCUUGCCCUUCGUCACGUCUUUCUGCCUGGGCCUGGGGACGCGACGGGUCUGCUACGGACAGGAGGCGGCGGCGGGACCCUGGUACCACCUCAGCGCCCAGGAGCUGCAGCCCUUGUUUGGGGAGCACCGGCUUGAGGGGGACAGCCAGGGCUGGGUGAAGACCCACUGCUGCCUGGCUGAUGCCUGGAACGGGGGCAGCUCCCUACUCAUCCGGGGGGUUAUGCCCCCCGAGGUGGGACACGUAGCUGUGAGGCUGUUUUCCCUGCAGGUCCCAGUGCUACACAAGGUUUUCCUGUCCCUGGUGUAUAAACUUGAAGGACCCUCGGCCGUCACAGUGGCCUUGGAGCUCGGCACGGGGGACACCGGCAACUGUCACAUCGGUGGCAUCUCGACACUGAACGCAGAGACAAGCCACUGGAGGCACAGUGCUCGGCUCCUCCGGGUGCCCCCCACCAAGCUGGCUAGGUGGGCCGGCCGAUGUGGCCAGCCGCUCAGAGGGGGCUGGGUCCAGCGCUGCUACGAGGUGACCUUGCGGGACUGCCUGCUGCAGGACCUUUUUGUCAGCUUCUUUCGCCCCUCGGGCAGCCGCCAGGAGGAGACCUUCGUCUGCCGCCUUGGGGAGAUCCAGGUGGUGGACGCCAAGAGCCUGCUGAACCCCCUGCCGCAGGUGCAGGCUGUCACCAUCUCCCACGUCCGCUGGCAGCCGGUCGCCUCUGAGCCUGGGGGUCCCCCUGCUCCCACACAGCUCCGACUCAGCUGCACCCUGCACUGGGCCUACCCGUUCUCCCAAGUCCGCUGCUUCCGGAUCCACUGCUGGAGGGGGCCGGGGCACGGCCCUCGAGGUGGGGAGCCACCAGGCCUGGAGAAACCAGCCCUCCUGGGCCUGGCUUUCACCAACCAGUACCGUGUCGUGGACUUGGCGGUGGCUGCCGCGGAGCCUGGCCAGGACGGCCGUGUAGAGUUCCUGGUGCAGCCCGGCCCCAGGGAGGGGUUCUCAGUGCCGCAGGCCGAGUGGGGACGGGCGACCCUGCUCUACACCGCCCCUGCACGUGCUGGGCAUUAA